CAUGCUCAUUCAUCUCGGCGGGAAAAGAGAUUGUCCAUGUUUUUCGAUAGGCCAUAUAUUUCGCUAUUUUGACACAGAAAAUGCUGCAAAGAAAUCAAAAUUAAUUAUACCUUGAUGAUUUUGGGAGAAGUAUUCAAAUAAAUUACAAGAUAAAAUGGAUUCAAUGUUCGGGGAUUUGCUGCAGCGUGCAGAACAGCUAACUGCCGACAUGGACACUGGCGGAGAUCUUCCCAGAGUGGAAAGAAAUUUGCCACAGUUAGCUGAAGCUGGGCAAAGAUUAUGGUCAAAGACUGCUAGCUCGUUAUCAGAAGGCAGUGAUGUAAAAGCGUCCUUGCUCCUCAGCUCCAAAGGAGUAGAGCUUCCAAAGCUAUCACAGAGGCUUGAAUCACUUAAUGCAGCAAAAAGUUUUGAUCCAAUUGAACCUGUUAGUGAUACUGACAUUCAGGGCUUCUUGAAAAAUGAGAGGGAGAAUGCCAUUUUGUCUGUUAUUGAGAAUAACAAAAAGGCUACCUUUGCUGAAGCUGACAGAAAAUUUUGGGAAAGCAUAACUGAUGAAUGGGAAGUUGAAAAGCAGAAGAUUUUGAAUUCUUUGCUAAGUGUUGGCAAAGAAGCAAUGACAUUCCCUGUGGAAACUGAGGUUGUAGAUGAACUUGAAUUAGGAAGAGGAAGGAGUCCUAUGACAAUGAUUGAAAUGGCCUAUGCAAGGCAGGUCUAUAUUUGCAAUGAAUGUUUAAUCCAGGGAAGAGAUUGUAACUAUUUAGAAGCAUUAAAACAAGUAGUGACCAAGGUAAAUGACAAGAACCUUGAAGAUACUUGGGAAUUGUUGAAGCAUGUAAUAUUGGACUUGCCAUCAAUUGCACGAAGCCCAUUGCAAAACAGGCAAUCACGAGAAGUUCAGGCUGCCAUGGUCAAAAAUGCAAAAUCCUUCCUUGAAGAUAGAUAUUUACGCUAUGUCGAAAAGACAGUUCACGACAAUACACAGCAAGCAAGACUUGGUGGUAUUCCAGGCACAUUAAAUCUUGUUAAAAGUUUUCUCAAAAUCAAGUUACACCCAGCUACCCCAGGUCUUGAGGAUGGCAAGGUUGAUGGUAUCCCAAUCUGGGCGUUGAUUUAUUACUGUCUACGUUGCGGUGACGGCAAUGCUGCACUUCAAGCUGCCGAAGGACUCCCACCACAGUUUUCAGAAUUUCGGGAGACUCUUAAGGAGUACUUUGCAGAUGGAAACUGCAGGUUAAUGCCGAGUUCAGAGACCAAGCUGCGAAUGCAAUACAAAAGAAGCAUCCGAUCAAGCACAGAUCAUUUCAAAAGGAUUGUCUUUUCGGUGAUUGGCUGCUGUGAUACAAUGGAUAACCACUCAGAGGUCGCGUCCAAGAGUGAUGAUUACAUCUGGCUCAAAUUGCAGCAAAUUGGUUUCAAUGACCAUGAAAUAAACACCCAGGACAAAGUCAGCUUAGCAAAAUUACAAUCGUUGUUGCUUGAAGAAUUCGGGCCGAGUCAUUUCAAGGCUUAUCAACAGCCGUUCCUCUACUGCCAAGUUCUCUUUCUAACUGCCCAAUUCGAAGCUGGAAUUGAAUUUCUUUCGACAAUAGAACGACUUCGCUGCCAUGCUGUUCAUUUCGCCUUGGUGUUGCGUGAAGCCGGCCUCCUUUUGAUGCCUGACGUCAUCUACUCAGGGCUGUUAUCCGUGAAGCCAUCUGACCCGAAGCCAAUGAGAAGGCUCAACUUCGCAAGACUUGUGAUGACGUACACGAAGAAAUUCCAAACGACGGACCCACGUGAAGCCCUUGAGUAUUUUUAUUUGCUCAGGAACAUAACUGGAGCCAACAAUGAGAACGUUUUUGCAAGUUGCGUCAGUGAAUUGGUGCUGGAAACUAGAGAGUUCGAAAUGCUGCUUGGUCGUCUGAAUGAAGAUGGGUCAAGAAAGCCUGGCUGCGUUGAAAAGUUCAAUCUCGACACAUCAACAAUCAUUUCCCAAGUAGCUCAGGAUGCAGAAGCUAAAGGUCAAUUCGAAGACGCAUCCAGUUUGUAUGACCUUGCUGAGAACCAUGAGAAGGUACUCGAAAUUCUAAACGGACGCCUCAGUCAGGUUGUGUCUCUAUCAAGUGGUCCACAUUCUGCGAGGGAGCGAUUACAUACUCUUGGUGUAUCAAUUGCCUCCAGGUACAAAAGCCGUGGCUGCCAGGCAUCGAAGCUGAGGAGCAGUACGUUCUAUUUACUGCUCGACCUGAUGUAUUUUUUCGAUCUGUACCACGCCCAAGAACACGAGCAGGCCCUCGACACUAUGAAGAAAAUAAAACUUCUCCCUUUCUCCAUGGAAAGCGUUGAGCAAAAAGUAACAGCAUUCCGGCAAUAUUCGGAUGAGAUCAAGCAAUGUAUACCGGAUUUGCUGUUGGCAACUAUGAAUAUUUUGUAUGCAAAAUACUGCAAAAUGAGGUCUGAAGAAGAUGUCACAAAUAGAUCGUUUAGAAAGCGAGUUGAAUCCGAGAAGCAAAGUUACCUGAACAGUCUUCGUGCUGAUGCAAGGUCAGUGGUUACAUUUGCUGGUUUGUUGCCAUAUCGUCUACCUGGGGACACGAACGCAAGACUGGUGCAGUUGGAGGUGCUCAUGAACUAAGUGGCAAAAAGAUGUUGACAA